ACUUAACAAGUGGUAGCCUCUCUAAUAGGCGAAGUACCUACCAUUGGAGUUGCGCUUAACAUAUAAGAGGAGACAGUCAUUCUCAUUUUUCAUAUGAAAAAUAAUAUCACCCACACGUUUACCAAAUAAAUCCAUAAAUUUUCCGCAUUGCAUUUUUCUGCUUAUCCAUAACCUCUCUCCAAUCCCAUCAACUUCAUCGGAACCAUCUGUCAAAAAAAAAAAAAACUUAAUCGGAACAGGGAUACCGUGAUUUAAAUACUAAAAAUAUAACAAUAUUUUUUUAUGAGUAGAAAUAUAGCAAUAUUCUCCAUCAAAUAGUACAAAAAAAAUCCAAAUCCGGAUAAAUUAUUCAUCUGUUUCGUUUUUAUCGUUAUUACGAGUGAACCACUGCUCCAACUAACUAGUAACUACCCCAUUCCGUUCGCGGCAUGCAUGACCACCGUUACCGUAACUGUCACCGUAGUCAUCACCACGCCUGAACUAAAUUAACAUGUCUUUAACUUUAACUUGUCCGCACCAACAACACUUUCGUUUUCAACCUUCACUCACUCGCACCAAGUACUUCUUCUCCGAUUCUCGCACUCUUCUUCGCCGGAGAGAGAUCUCCGUCACUUCACCGCCGGCGCUGAAGCCGGUGAAAUGCUUAAGCAGAUCCACGGAGGAGAAGCAGUGGAGCGACGCCGAAACCGUCGCAUCUGAUUCCGAUGAAGUUGUGGAUGAUAGUGGGAAUGGUCAGACUCCAAGCCGAACUUCUUCUGUUGAGUCUCAGAAGAUUGUCACCACAUCUUCCGGCGAUUCUCUUUCUCUCGGAAUUCGAGAACCUGUUUAUGAAGUUGUAGAAGUGAAAUCAGAUGGAACAGUGUCGACUAGAAAAAUCAACCGGAAACAAUUAUUGAAGUCAAGUGGUCUUCGUCCACGGGACAUCCGAAGUGUGGAUCCAUCAUUGUUUUUGACAAAUUCAAUGCCUUCUUUGCUGGUCCGUGAGUAUGCUAUACUUCUAAAUCUGGGUUCACUAAGAGCAAUAGCAAUGAAAGACUGUGUACUAAUAUUUGACUAUACUCGUAAAGGAGGACAAGCUUUUCUAGAGUCAUUGUUGCCUCGGUUGAACCCAAAGAACAACAAUGGAGGGCCAUCAAUGCCAUUUGAACUCGAGGUUGUUGAAGCAGCAUUACUUUCAAGAAUACAACGUUUGGAGCGGAGAUUGAUGGACUUAGAACCUCGUGUUCAAGCUCUUCUUGAGGCCUUGCCAAAUCGGAUAACUGGUGACAUAUUGGAGCAACUUCGUACUAGCAAACAAACUUUGGUUGAGUUAGGCUCGAGGGCAGGAGCUCUCAGACAGAUGCUGCUAGACCUUCUGGAGGACCCCAAUGAAAUACGGAGGAUAUGUAUCAUGGGAAGAAACUGUACACUUAAUAAAGGAAACAAUAACGUGGAAUGCUCAGUGCCCUUAGAAAAGCAGAUUGCUGAUGAGGAGGAGGAGGAAAUCGAGAUGCUUUUGGAAAAUUAUCUUCAAAGAUGUGAAUCUUGUCAUGGUCAAGCUGAAAGGCUUCUUGAUUCGGCAAGGGAAAUGGAAGAUUCUAUAGCUGUCAGUUUGAGCUCAAGAAGGCUUGAGGUUAGCAGGGUGGAACUGCUUCUCCAGGUUGGAACAUUCUGUGUGGCAAUUGGUGCCCUUGUAGCAGGUAUAUUUGGCAUGAACUUGAGGUCCUAUCUUGAGGAACGUGUGUUUGCAUUUUGGCUGACUACAGCUGGGAUUAUUAUUGGUGGCAUUAUCGUUUUCUUUCUUAUGUAUAACUAUCUCAGAGAAAGGAAAAUAUUUUGAUCAGAUGAAACUUCAAAUAUAGGUUAUUUUAGAAUAUGAAGGAAAGUAAGCACCCACGAACGCCAGUGAUUGUGGAUGAGGAUCAAUCAUCUGAAAUGGGUUCGGAAGUAUGCAUGAUAUUACUCACAUUACUGAUGCUGUUACAAGCAUUAGUUUUUAUUCUUGUUCAAGAGGGAGAUAGACAGAGACAGAUUUUUCUGCUUCCCGAGUUCAUAAUGGCUGUGUGAGCCAUCAAGAGACUCCUCGCUAUGUUGUUGCUUGUGUGGGUGUUGUGUGCAGUCAAACAUUCGUCAACUUUCACACUAUUUUUAGAGUCAAACAAGGUACUAUAUAUUAAGCUGCAUGAAGGUAGUUGAAUGCAGACAUCAAUCGGCAUUUAAGUUGAUAAUAUUGGUAUUCUGUAUAAUCAAGUGAAUUUUUAGGGUGGUGAUGUAUGUCAAAAAUCAGUAAAUCAGGCAGUAUAGGAAAUUAUGUCCACAGUCACGGUGUAUGGAUCGGACCAAUUCUUAUGAAGAAAUUAAACAAGUGUAAGAUUUACACCGUAAAACAGACUUCUUUAAUUGUCAGGUUGAGUCUACUGAAUUCUUGUGAAAGUUUGAAAGAUAUAUAAAAGAGUACUGAAAUCAAUUUAACUUUA